GCGUACUCUAUAUAUAGAGCGCUACUCCUCUUUGCCUCAUCUUAUUUUUUUAGGGGUCUUCGGGUUUGCAGCUGCGAAGGAAGCCAGAAAUUCGCACGCAAUGGGGAGGAGACCUGCCAGGUGUUAUCGUCAGAUUAAGAACAAACCAUACCCGAAAUCACGGUAUUGCCGUGGUGUACCUGACCCCAAGAUCAGGAUUUAUGAUGUAGGAAUGAAAAAGAAAGGAGUGGAUGAGUUUCCUUUCUGUGUUCAUUUGGUGUCAUGGGAAAAAGAGAAUGUUUCAAGUGAAGCUCUUGAGGCUGCACGUAUUGCUUGCAACAAAUAUAUGACCAAAUUUGCUGGGAAAGAUGCUUUCCAUUUGCGAGUCAGGGUGCACCCUUUCCAUGUCUUGCGUAUUAACAAGAUGCUUUCAUGUGCUGGAGCUGAUAGGCUUCAGACUGGGAUGAGGGGUGCUUUUGGGAAACCACUGGGCACUUGCGCGAGGGUGAGCAUUGGCCAAGUUCUUCUAUCUGUUCGCUGCAAGGACAGUAACAGCCAUCAUGCUCAGGAGGCCCUACGCCGUGCAAAAUUUAAGUUUCCGGGCCGUCAGAAGAUCAUUGUCAGCAGGAAAUGGGGGUUCACAAAGUUCAGCAGAACUGAUUAUCUGAGGUUCAAAGCAGAGAAUCGAAUUGUGCCAGAUGGUGUCAAUGCCAAGCUUCUUGGAUGCCAUGGACCUUUGGCAAGGCGUCAACCUGGAAGAGCAUUUUUGGAUGCUAUUGCAUAAGGAUAUAUUUGGAUUAUUCUAUUCUAUUCUAUUCUCCGCAUUUGAGUUUUCUUAGUCAGAUUAAAAGGUGGGGUUUUCCCUGAGUCGCCUAUGUUAUUGGGGGGCUAUGAAGCCCUUUACUUCUCGUAACUCACUCCAUUCAUUGAAAGUAAAUUGGCUACUUAGGGGCCUUUAUAGCUUUUUAGUCGGUUGCCGGACCACCAUUAGUUGGAGGCCAUAUUGAUGGGAGAAAAGGCAACUAGUUUCGUCGACUAUAAAAGCUAUACUGUUUUAUCACUUACCUUAAGUGCCUCUUUGCUUUUGUAAUGGAUCAGUUAAAUGUUUUUUCAAGAUGUUUGGUGGAUUUUCAAGUUUUGUUUAAUGUUUGGAACAAUAUGGUCUUGAGCCGCAUUGAAAUUAUGUUAGUUUCUUAUUUCGCUAAA